ACCAACAGCUUGACACGCAUCCUUGGCCCUCGUAAUUGUGGUAAACGGCAAUUAUUGAAGUUAUUUAUUUUCACGCUUGAAUACGAGAUUGUCACGUGAGGAUUAUUCAACGUUCUGUAACCAUUGGCGGGAAGAUUAAGCAGUGACGUCAUUUCGUCCGCCAAAGUUGAUGGUACUGGCGUUGCAUGUUGAUUUCAACUUUCUCGUCGAAGUUUGUUUCAGUUUUGAGUGUGGAGGUGACGUUUAUUUAAGUAAUUAUAUCGUGAGGAAUAGUAAUAGGACCUUUAUCUGCAGAAGAAAAGGUAUUUCAAGUGAAAUUGAACAGAAUGUCAAAAAAGUUUGGAGUUUCUCAUAACUGUAAUUCAUUGCACAAAUUGUGUGUCAAUUCUAGAACAAAAAAUGAAAGUUCAAACAGUAAUACAGACCAAACUUCCAUCUCACGAAAUGUACAUUCCAGGACUUCUGGCAAAGAUUCUGUCAAUACUCCAAAGGAAUCUUGCAAUGCAACAACUUCUUUCACAGACAUUCCCUGUCAAGCUUUCGGAACUAGUGGAAUCAACAAAAGUAUCUUUCCUAGACGACCAGACUUUGGUAAAGAGGGUCGACCCAUACAAGUGAAAGUGAACUACUUUCCACUAAGUCUUCCAAGUGGUAAUGUUUAUCAUUAUGAUGUGAAAAUUACUAUUUUAAACGAUAAAAACAAAGAAACAAUGAAAGCACCUAACAAACAAACCUGUCGUAAAAUAAUCAAUAAAUUAUCAGAAAAUUCUAAGGAUUUUUCUGCUUGUAUUCCUGCUUAUGACGGAAAAGCAAAUAUCAUAACAAGAAGCCAAUUAUUUUCUGACACAAAAGACUUUACAGUUGUGCUCGAUAAAGAUGGCCAGUAUAAUUCUAAACAAUUUAAAGUUGUUAUAACACCAACAAAAGAAGAACAUGUCAUAAAUUUGGAUACUUUGCAUAGAUUUUUUAAAGGCGAACCUGUAAAAGUUCCAUUUAGAACAGUUAUGGCAUUAGACAUCAUAAUGAAAACAGGAUUAAAUUUAAAAUUAAUGCCAGUUGGAAGAUCAUUAUUCUACCAGCCAAGUCCAGAUGACCUACAUCCACUGGGAGGAGGGAGAGAGAUAUGGUUUGGUUACUACCAGAGUGUAAGACCUACUGCAUGGAAGAUGAUGGUUAACAUUGACAAAGCUGUUUGUGUCUUUCAUGAAAGACAGAAAGUUUUAGAUUUUAUUAGCCAAACAUUAAAGAAGAAUAUUGCAAACACAUUUGACCAGUAUACUAUCAAGUCUGUGGAAAAAGAAUUGAAAGGUUUGAAAGUAAGGGUUACUCAUCAAAAUAUUCCAAGAAAAUAUAAUGUGAUUGGACUGACAAAAAAACCCUUAUCAACAUUAGUGUUUGAAAUGAACAGAAAUGACCAAACUUAUGAUAUGAAGGUAGUAGAUUAUUUUAGGGAGCAGUAUGGAUUAGAAUUAAAGUAUAAAUAUCUUCCUGCACUUAAUGUGGGAUCCAAAGAGAAAGCAAAAUAUUUACCUCUAGAAGUUUGUGAAAUUGUGGAAGGGCAACCAUGUAAAAAGCAACUUGAUGAACAACAGACCAGAAACAUGAUAUUCCAAACAUGCCAGCCUCCAGCUCAAAGAUUCAAAGAAAUAGAACAGGCAGCAGAAAAUACCAUUAAAUAUAACAAAAAAUUUAUGCAGGAAUUUGAUUUAAAAAUGAGUACAACAUGUGUUGAUUUACCAGCUCGAGUCUUGGAUCCUCCCCAAGUGAUGUACAAAAACAAUGAAACCAAAACUCCCAAAGAUGGUGUUUGGGACAUGAAGAAUGUGCAAUUUUACACCAGCAUAAAAAUACAAAAUUGGAUCUUGUUGAGUACCAUUUACCGCAACUCUUGUAAUGAGAAAGACUUACAAAAUUUUAAAAAAAUGUUGUGCAAAAUAGGAGUAAGUAUGGGCAUAGAAAUAGAAGAUCCAAAGAUCACAGAUAUUGUCUCAGUUGGCACUAUUGUCGAUAAGUUAAGAAAGUAUGCAAAAGUCUGGAAAUUAGAUUUAGCAAUUAUUGUUUUGCCUAAUAAGAACUCAACUAUAUAUUCUGACAUCAAAAAUGUUGCAGAAACAGAAAUAGGAUUAAAGACUCAGUGUGUUAAAGAAAAUACUAUGAAAAAAUGCAGAGAUACAACAAUUUAUAAUAUUUUACAAAAAAUAAAUGCAAAAAUGGGUGGCAUAAAUUGUGGACUCAGUUUAUACAAAAAACCUAAAAUAUUCCAAAAACCAGUAAUUAUUUUUGGUGCCGAUGUCACACAUCCAUCACCCGGAGAUAAGACUUCUUACUCUAUAGCUGCGGUAGUGGGAAGUCUUGAUUCUCAUCCUUCUCGUUAUGCUGCAGCAGUGAGAAUUCAGCAGCCCACCAAAGACAAAAGACAUAUAGAGAUAAUAGUACAACUGAAAGAAAUGGUAAAAGAAAUAUUAAAACAGUUUUACAAAAACACAAAACAAAAACCCAUCAAGAUCAUCUUUUAUCGUGAUGGAGUGAGUGAGGGUGAAUUUAGUCAAGUCCAAAACAAAGAAAUAUCACAGAUAAGACAGUCAUGUAUGGAAUUGGAAGAAGAUUAUCAGCCAGGAAUAACUUACAUUGUGGUAGGAAAAAGACACCACACAAGAAUGAUGCCGAAGAAUUACAAUGACAGAGUUGGAAAAGCGGGUAACGUUCCUCCCGGCACCAUCAUAGAUAAUGGCAUAACCCAUCCAACUGAUUUUGACUUUUUCUUGUGCAGUCAUUAUGGCAUUCAAGGCACUAGUCGUCCUGCUCACUACACAGUACUCUGGGAUGACAAUGACUUCUCUUCAGACGAAUUGCAGAAACUGUCAUAUUACCUGUGCCACAUCUAUGUUCGAUGCACUCGCAGCAUCUCCAUACCCAGCCCCGUUCAGUAUGCACAUCUAGCGGCUGCUCGUGCCAAACAGCACCUGAUCAGCAAGAUGGAUGUCAACAGUUCAGACAGUUCCAAUGGUGAUGCAACAGACUCUAAUAUAGAUUUGGAGUUGCUUAAGGUGGUAAAAACUUUUAUAAAUUCCAUGUAUUUUGUGUAGAAAAACUAUAGUUCAGGGGUCGCCAAACUAUUUUGAUCGUCAAGCCCCUAUUUUGAUUGUCGCCAAACUAUUUUGAUCGUCGUUUCGAAAUCUCACAUCAACCCCCACCAAAAACUUUGUGUUACAAGCAAAAAAAGCUGUUAGUAUUUUAAUAUAUAUCUUUUAAUCUUACAUUUUUUACAUUUAUUGUACAUAUUUUAAUAAUAAUUUUUGUAACUGACAAUCAAUAAGACGGAUAAGCUUGAUAAUCAUUAGUAAUAUUCGGUUCAAAAUUUGUAAGUUUUAGUCUUUUAAUCAAUCCCCCAAUAAUGUUAUAUUGACCCCUGGGGUUGAUAUAGACCAC